UUCGUGUCACUCGCACACUCGUGUCAGUUGCCCCGCCACAGCCGUACGUGUAUCUGGUUUGUGCUGCGACGAUGUAAAGAUGAAACGUGAAUCAUCAACAAAUACCUCUUCAUCCGGAGAGAGUGAACUUUCUUCGGAAUCAUAUGGCAAAGGAAAAGAGCAGGGUGGACAGAUUCGUUUAGCUGUCCUCAGCGGACACUUUGCCACUGCAGGAAGUUUGUUCGGCAAACUUGCCGGAAACGUUGUCAUUGACUCCGUACUCGGGUUGUCGAUGAAAGGUAUACUUUUGAUACUGAUGAUAACGAGUAACACGAUCGGCUGCACGUUUUUCGUGAAAGCACUUAACGCGAGCGAAUCAUCCUUACCAUGUACAAUAGUGAGCGCCGCUACCAGUUACGUGUGCUCGGCUCUCGUGGGUUCCUUCGUCUUUAACGAAUCGACAUCACUCAGUUGGUGGUGUGGUAUAUCUCUCGUUAUUUUGGGUUUAAUACUCAUUUCUCGCGUUCCAUCGAAAGACGUUUCAGGAAUCUCCUCGGAAAAGUCGAAGGGCGAAUAAUUUCAAUUUAUAUUUUAAUAUUGUUCAUACAUUUGAUAUGUGUAACGACUGAAUAAAUAAAUAUAAUUAUACUAA